AUGACGAGGUUCAAUGUGGGAGGGAAGGUGGUGGACAAGGUGGAUUUGAUGAGGAAGAAGAAGCUGGCGUGGCGCUUCGAUGUGUGGCCUUUCACUAUUCUCUAUGCUCUGUGGCUCACUACAGUUGUGCCUAGUUUGGACUUUGGCGACGCCACUAUUGUUCUCGGUGGAGUUGUGGCGCUUCACAUUCUCGUUUGGCUUUUCACUGCUUGGUCUGUCGACUUCAAUUGCUUUGUACACUAUUCCAAGGUGGACGACAUACACCAGGCUGACGCUUGCAAAGUCACACCGGCUAAAUUUUCCGGUUCUAAAGAAGUUGUGCCACUCCAUUUCCGUAAGCUUCCCGGAGGUUCUUCGUCCUCAGUGGAUAUGGAGGAGAUUUACUUUGAUUUCAGAAAGCAACGCUACAUCUUUUCUGAUGAGAAGGAGAACUUUUGCAAGCUUCCGUACCCUACCAAGGAAACUAUGGGUUACUAUUUAAAAAGUACUGGCCAUGGGUCUGAAGCUAAAGUUGUCGCUGCUACUGAAAAAUGGGGACGGAAUCUAUUUGAAUAUCCACAACCUACGUUCCAGAAAUUAAUGAAAGAAAAUUGUAUGCAGCCGUUCUUUGUAUUUCAGGUGUUCUGUGUGGGUCUCUGGUGUUUGGAUGAAUAUUGGUAUUAUAGUUUGUUUACGCUUUUCAUGCUGUUCAUGUUUGAGUCAACAAUGGCAAAAAGUCAAUUGAAGACUCUGACUGAGCUAAGACGUGUCAGAGUGGAUAGCCAGACCUUAAUGGUGCAUCGAUGCGGGAAGUGGAUAAAGCUAGCCGGAACUGAUCUUUUGCCCGGGGAUGUUGUUUCAAUUGGACGAUCUUCUGGUCCAACUGGAGAAGAUAGGACUGUACCAGCUGACAUGCUUAUUCUAGCAGGAAGUGCUAUUGUCAAUGAAGCCAUUCUCACAGGCGAGUCUACUCCACAAUGGAAGAUAUCGGUCAUGAGCAGAGGAGCUGAGGAGAAGUUGUCAGCUAAGCGAGACAAAAGCCAUGUUUUAUUUGGUGGGACUAAGAUAUUGCAGCAUACUCCGGAUAAGGGUUUUCCAUUAAAAACCCCUGAUGCUGGCUGUGUGGCUGUUGUUCUGAGGACUGGGUUCGAAACAAGUCAGGGGAAGCUUAUGCGCACAAUCUUGUUUUCCACAGAAAGGGUAACUGCUAACAGCUGGGAAAGUGGGCUGUUCAUUUUAUUCUUGGUCGUAUUUGCAGUGAUAGCCGCUGGUUAUGUUCUAAAAAAGGGCCUUGAGGAUCCCACUAGAAGCAAGUACAAGCUUUUCCUUAGUUGUUCACUUAUUAUAACCUCUGUGAUUCCUCCUGAGCUGCCCAUGGAAUUAUCGAUAGCUGUCAAUACAUCUCUCAUUGCUCUGGCACGACGUGGAAUAUUUUGUACAGAACCUUUUCGUAUACCUUUUGCGGGAAAGGUCGAUAUAUGUUGUUUUGACAAAACAGGGACACUUACAUCAGAUGACAUGGAGUUCUGUGGAGUUGUUGGGUUGGCUGGAAGUACGGAUUUAGAACCGGAUAUGUCUAAAGUAGACUGUCAAACAUUAGAAAUUUUGGCUUCUUGUCAUGCUUUGGUAUUUGUGGACAAUAAGCUGGUUGGUGAUCCUCUCGAAAAGGCCGCUCUUAAAGGGAUAGAUUGGAGCUUUAAAUCUGAUGACAAGGCCGUGCCAAAAAAGGGCAAUGGUAAAGCUGUACAGAUUGUUCAGAGACACCACUUUGCUUCCUACUUGAAACGAAUGGCAGUUGUCGUUCGCAUUGAAGAGAGUUUUUUCGCUUUUGUGAAGGGUGCCCCUGAAACUAUUCAGGGUAGACUCACAGAGGUGCCAUCAAAUUAUGUUGAAACUUACAAGAAAUUUACCCGACAAGGAUCUCGUGUUUUGGCUCUUGCCUACAAAUCCAUUGGUGACAUGACAGUGAGUGAAGCCAGAAGCUUGGAUAGGGAUGUGGUGGAGAGUGGCCUCACGUUUGCUGGUUUUGCGGUUUUUAACUGUCCUAUUAGAGCUGAUUCAGCCGCUGUUUUGUCUGAGCUUAAAGGAUCCUCACAUGAUUUGGUGAUGAUUACUGGUGAUCAAGCUUUGACAGCUUGCCAUGUUGCCACCCAAGUUCAUAUUAUAUCAAAGCCUGCAUUAAUUCUUGGCCCAAAAAGGAACAGUGAAGAAUAUGAGUGGAUAUCACCCGACGAGGCUGAGAUGAUUCCGUACAAUGAAAAUGAAGUGGAAACUUUGUCAGAGACUCAUGAUCUUUGUAUUGGAGGGGACUGCAUUGAAAUGUUGCAACGAACUUCUGCUGUCAUACGAGUGAUUCCGUAUGUCAAGGUUUAUGCAAGAGUUGCUCCCGAGCAGAAAGAACUCAUAUUGACUACUUUCAAAACAGUGGGAAGGAUAACAUUAAUGUGUGGGGAUGGAACCAAUGAUGUUGGAGCUUUGAAACAGGCCCAUGUAGGAGUUGCUUUACUGAAUGCGGUGCCUCCAGCUAAGACUGGAAAGUCGGCCAAUGAAACAUCUAAAGAUGACAAUACGAAGUCUGGCCGCCCGAAGAAGUCCAAGUCUGCAUCGGAUGCAGAAAAAUCUGCCAGUGUAAAUGGAGAAGUCUCAGUUAGUAACCAGCGUAAUCAGCGUCUGACACCUGCUGAGUUGCAACGACAAAAGAUAGCUUCAUUACAAAAGAAACUAUUGGAUGAGCUGAAUGAGGAGGGGGAUGGUCACGCGGCUCCAAUUGUUAAGCUUGGCGAUGCCUCCAUGGCAUCACCAUUCACAGCAAAGCAUGCAUCUGUUGCUCCCACCACUGACAUAAUUCGUCAAGGUCGCAGUACUCUGGUGACUACACUACAAAUGUUCAAAAUUCUAGGCCUUAACUGCCUGGCAACAGCGUAUGUGUUGAGUGUUAUGUAUUUGGAUGGUGUCAAGCUAGGUGAUAUGCAGGCUACAAUCAGUGGUGUAUUUACAGCCGCGUUUUUCCUCUUCAUCUCGCAUGCACGGCCUCUUCAGACCCUUUCAUCUGAACGGCCUCAUCCUAAUAUAUUUUGUGCCUAUGUCUUCCUUUCUCUGCUAGGACAGUUUGCAAUCCACUUGCUCUUCUUGAUUAGUUCUGUCAACGAGGCUGAGAAACACAUGCCUGAAGAGUGCAUUGAACCAGACUCUGAGUUUCAUCCCAACCUUGUAAAUACAGUAUCAUACAUGGUGAGCAUGAUGCUCCAGGUGGCUACAUUUGCUGUGAACUAUAUGGGGCAUCCCUUCAAUCAGAGCAUCUUAGAGAACAAACCAUUCAUGUAUGCCCUUGUAUCUGCCGUUGGUUUCUUCACAGUUAUCACAUCCGAUGUUUUUAGGAAUUUGAAUGACUCCCUUAAGCUGGUGCCCUUGCCUCUGGGAUUGAGGGAUAAGCUAUUGACAUGGGCUGUUCUCAUGUAUUUGAGCUGUUACUCAUGGGAGAGAUUUUUAAGGUGGGCUUUCCCAGGUAAGGUCCCAUCCUGGAAGAAGCGACAACGUCUCGCUGCAAAAAGUCUGGAAAAGAAGAAGAAUGUUUGAGUGAGUUUAUGCUAUGUGAAGCGAAUAUUAACUGCUUUUGGCGUUUUGGCACAUGGCCAUGCAGAAUUGUAUAUGGCACAAUGGAUUCAGUUACGCCCACAACAGGUCCUUUCUUUAGAAAUUAGUUUCUUUAUAGAUAAACUGAUUCGUAACAUGGUGUUUUACAUGGUCCGACCUUUAAUUGCAUUGUAUUUUAAGCUACAUCGCCCUAGAAAAAUCGUAUGUAGCACAAAUUCGAGACAAUAUUUUUGUUCAUCAGUUCUCAUUUCUCAAUAUAUUUUCAGUUUUCCCUCG